AUGCUACAGCCUUCUGAGAUGGUCCAAAGAAGGGCAGACGCAGCCUUGGAAUGUACAGGCUACCUCCUCCUCCUCCGCCAUGGGUCCUUUGGACAGGCGAUGCCCCUCUGGACCACCAUUUAUAAGGCCUGGUCCAGGGGGGUGGCCACCCUCACAGCCUGUGCUAUGUCCAAGGCCAAGGUUGCUCCCCCUCCUCCUGGGUGCACCCUAGACAUCAAUGACCCCCAAGUCCAAGAGGCAGCAAUUCGGAUCCAGGCAUCAUACCGAGGCCACAGGUCGCGGAAGGAACUGCGAGAGAAGGGACCCCCCAAGGUCCUGCAGCCGCUGAAGGAUGUGGUCCUGCUGGAGGGGAGUGCCGCCAAGCUGGAGUGCCGCGUCAGCGCCUUCCCCGAUCCCUUCAUCGUCUGGUCCAAGGACGGCAAGGAGCUGAAAGAUGGGCCAAAGUACCGCUACGUGUUUGAGGACCCGGACGUAGUGGCCCUGGUGGUGCGGGACGGGGUGCUCACAGACCUGGGGAAGUACACCGUCACCAUCAAGAACCCGUUUGGGCAGACAUCCGACUCUGCCUGCAUCAAAGUAGAGGUUCCGGCCAAAAUUACCAAAGGCCCAGAUAGUGUGAAGGUGAAGAAAGGGUCGACUGCAGUGCUGAAAGCAGAAAUCAGUGGAGAGCCAGCGCCUGACGUGGGCUGGCUGAAGGAUGGGGACGACAUUGAGGAGGAUAACAGAGUAUUCUAUGACAUAGGGGACACGAGCACAACCCUGACAAUCAAAAAUGCCCAGGCAUCUGACGCAGGGAAAUACGAAGUCUUCGUGGAGAACAAUCUUGGAGUAGACCAGUCAUUUGCCCGUGUGGAUGUCCUAUAA